GCCAAUGGAGCCACCACCUAAGAAGGAGAUGGUCUCGUUGCCCAAGAGGCCAGAUGAAUGGAAAGACCCCUGGCGCAGGUCUAAAUCCCCUCGGAGAAGACCUGGUCUCAUGGGCUCCCCUCCACGUGGCCGUAGACAACACAGGCCCUCCGGAUCUUCAGUUUCCCUUUCCAAUUCGUCUAGGUCUUCAUCCCGAUCAUCAUCGUUUACGGGUUCUGGCUCUUCCCAUUCCCGAUCUCGUUCUUCUUCAAUGAGUUCCUACUCAAGUCACUCCUCUCAGCACAGCUCUUUCAGCGGAAGCCGCUCUAGAUCGCAAUCCUUCUCUUCCUCGCCCUCUCUGACCCCCUCAGCACAAAGAAACACUAAUAAGAACAAAGCUGAGCAGCCUCCUGGUGCAUUGAAAGGCCACCCAUUGAAGCCUGGUGCACUGCCCCCUCCUCGCAGGGAGAAAGGACCCCCCAAAAUGAUACCCAGCCCCUCGUUGCCUGAACAGCCAGGGAAACCACCCAAGCCAAUCACAGAGACGGGUAAGCCCCCCAACCCCCGUCCAGCUGGACAACUUCCUGGACCCAGAGAGCCGAGAGAACCACCCAACAUGAGAGAAGGACGCAAGAAAGAACGUCAACAGAAUAACCCACCUCGCAGGCAAACGGAGAGUGGCAGUGUAAGUGGCAGCAGUUAUUCUGGCUCCAGCUCACGCUCACGAUCCCGUUCCUCCUCCGCCUCACUCUCCCGGUCUCGUUCCGGCUCCCACAAAUCUAGGUCUCUGUCGGUCAGUAGCGUGUCGUCUGUCUCAUCCGCCUCCUCCAGCAGUAGCUCAGUCAGGAGCGCCGACUCUGAUGACAUGUACGCUGACCUGGCCAGCCCUGUGUCCUCCGCCAGCUCCCGAUCAGCCACUCCAGGCCUUGCCCGUAAGGAAAGGGGCCCUCCACGGGACAGGGGCCCCAACAAAGACAGAGGAAAACCGCCAAAGAAAGAUGAGCCUUUCAAAGAUGAGCGAAAACGAGUGGACCCCUCCGGUCUCCCUCCCAAAACCAGCUCGGGCAUGCCUAGAUCUGGAAACAGAGGUCACCCCAUGCACCCGCCUCCUAUGGGUCCUCCAGGAGGAUUCGGCUCUCACAAGGACAUCAAACUCACCCUGCUCAACAAGCAAACCGACAGGGGCAAUAGGAAAAGGUACUUUCCUGCCAAUAAAGAGCGACCCCCUUCACCUCUCAGCAAGAGGAUAGCGCUUUCGCCUGACAGAGGUCGAGACAGGAGGAUGCCCAGCCGACCCUUGCUCUCCCCCAGAAUGGAUCGGCCCAAAGGACAGGGUCCUCGGCCCAUGCCACCACAAGGAGAAAGGAAGCGUCCUUUAUCUCCACCAACUAAGUCUUCUGGGAAAGGUCCUGCUGCUGUGUCUGCAGGUAAACCACCUGCUCCCGGAGCUGGAUCCGGCUCUGGCUCCGCUUCUAGUUCCGGAUCGGGCAAGCCGAGCAGCACCCUUUCUCGUCGUGAGGAGCUGCUGAAACAGUUAAAGGCUGUCGAGGAUGCCAUAGCCCGCAAAAGGGCCAAAAUCCCUGGGAAAUGAUUAACUUCUGGGACAUCUGUUUUCUCGACGCCCAGUGUUUGCCAGAAAUGGGAAAUGGUCGCUGUUCUGAACUCUAAGGGCGUAAAUGUCCUAGGGAAAGGAGACUGCCGUUACAUUUCUGCUUGUUUUGCCCUCAGAGAGAGGUUGUCUAGAUUUUAUAUUGAUGUGAUAAAGUUGAGAAGUGGCCCUGUUCACUUGUUUGUUUUCGCAGGAAGAUGGAAUCUUUGCUGUAGUGUGUCUCAAAGAUAAAAAAAAACUGUACAUUCAGCGCACAUUUUUGCUCUUCAUCCUGCCACACUUCUCAUCACUUCUCUCUCAUAUUCUAGUUGCUUUAUCCCCCACUCCUGUUACUUUAGACGUAUGCUUAAUCUGAUUGGACCAUCCUGGACGCAUCUGCGCAUUUGACGUUGAUCCUACUCAAAGAAUCUGGAACUGCCUUUUCAUAACUUUACAGUUAGGAAAGUCCACCUUGAGCAAUGUAUUUGUCUAUCCACCAUCACGUGUUUAGCUGUUUUUCACAUUGUACAACUACAAAGUCAGGUGACAGAAUACCUGUUACUUAAAGUGUAUGAUUCUAGAGAACCAAUGACAGUGAUGUGAAGUAUUGCUUUUUUAAGAUUCUACAUUGUUUCUCCUAGCUUUUCAAGUGAAAACCUGCAUUUUAUUUGUCCCUCAUUUUUAGUUGAAAGUGUGAGAAGCUGCAAUGGGGACACCCGGAGAUAAAGAAUAAUUCCGUCUUGCUUUGUGUGACAGAAA